AAAUCAUACCUUUUUAAUUCAAUAUUAUAAAGAAGGCAUUUGCUUUUUUAAAAUGCUGAUCCAUUUGUUUUAUUUAUUUAUUUUUAAACCCUAAUUUUCCAUCUUGGAAUCAAAGCAGAAGAGUGGAGGGGGCUAGACAAUGGAGGGAGAUUAAGUGACUUGCACAGUGUCACACAACUAGAUAGUGUCUGAGGCCAGAUUUGAACUCUCUAGGUCUGGCUCCCAACCAACUGAGCCACCCAGCUGCUCCCCUAAUCCAUUUGUUUCAUAUGCCUUCAAUACUUGUCAAAACAAUAUAAUCAGCUUUUAACCAAUGAAGAAAUUAUAUUAAGUCAGAAAUCCUGAAUCAAAUUAGAAACUGUCAACAUGGAAAUCUAGUCCCCAGUUUAUUUAGUUGGGAGGUAGAAACCCCAGGUUUUGACCUUGUCACAGGAGAGGUUUCCCCCUGAGGAAAUGUCCCACUUCACCAGACAAUAGACAAUCCACUUCAGGUGGGAGAUAAACCCAAUCUGAAGUCGAGUGACUCUUUGUCUCCAGAACCCUUUCCCAGUUUAUUACAGGAGGGGUCAGCUGGGUAGCUCAGUGGAUUAAGAGCCAGGCCUAGAGAUGGGAGGUCCUCCAUUCAAAUUUGACCUCAGAUACUUCCCAGCUGUGUGACCCUGGACAAAUCACUUAAUCCCCAUUGCCUGGGCAUUGUCGGGUGAAGUAGGUCCUUCCCUCAGGGGAAAAACUCUUCAGUGACAAGGUCAAAACCUGGGGUUUCUACAACCCAACUAAAUAAACUGGGCACUUCUGGUUGACACCACUGUGCUACCCAGCUGCCCCCAGUAUAAAUUCUCAGAUAGAAGAGGCAAUAGGAAGUGAGUGACUUGCCCAAGGACAAAUGAAAUAGUGGAUUGAAAUAGUGGGGCACACUGAGGUGUGUGGAUGAUACCUCAGUCCCCUUUUAGUGCACUGGGUCAGCCACAAUUAAGUCUUUUAAGCAGUUGUAAAAACUAAAAGGUUUAUUGAUAAAUAAGAGGGAGGGAGGAUUUAGGAUUGAGGAUGCCCUAAUCAUUCAUUCUUCCAUGAACUGGAUAUAUGGAGAGUGUAAACCUUGAAAAACAUAGAACCACCAAAGUAGUUAGAAAGAACAAGUCUUUAAUCAGGACAAGGAAGACAACACUCUGAUUGGUCACUACACAGAGUUAAGGGCCAGAAAAUGCACAGAGCCAAAGUUCUGGGUCUCUGGGAACAGUGUCUCUGGGGAAAAUCCUACAAAGAUUUCCCCCAGAAAAGAAGAACUUGGGGUCUUAUAUACCUUGUGGGGAAUAUAAUUGGACAAAAAAGGUUCAAUUGAUUAGCUUUAGUAUGGACACAAGAGAAAAGUCAUACAAUGGAAGAAACUCCUAGAACAAAAAAGGGUAUAAUUACAUCUACUAAUUCUAUCUCAGCUGAGAUCAAUAAAUACUCAAAAGGUUUAUUGUUCAGUCUGAGACAAGGUCAGUGUGGGACUUCCCUUAAGGCAAGUUCCCAAAGAACCUGAGCAAACUUGGGGGUAUAACUAAUGGUCAACUAGUACCCACGCAAAAUCAAAGGAAUUUAGGACUUUUAGGCCUCAUCUGACUGCCAGUUUGGGUGAGUUCCUAAGUGGUCAGUUUGUUUGAGACAUCUGGGUGCAACAAUCCCAGGAUGAUUUCUCUAGUGGAAGAAGGAAGCCUACCUCAGCCCAUAAGGCAGUGGUUCUCAACCUUUCUAAUGCCGUGACCCCACAAUACAGUUCCUCAUGUUGCGGUGACCCCCAAACCAAAACAUGAUUUUGGUGGCUACUUCAAAACUGUAAUUUUGCUAGUUAUGAUUCGGAAUGUAAAUGCCUGCUAUGCAUUAUGUAUUCUCAUGGCUACAAAUUGAGAGGUUGAGAACCGCUGCUAUAAGGAAACAUCUUAUAAGUGGUAUACUCCCUAAAGCCUGGAUGGUGUGGGUACUUUUUUUUUCUUUAACAUAAAGGGGAGAGGGUGUAAAGAUCCUUAAAAAAUGAAAGACGCUUGUAAAUCGAUAGUUGGAAGCUUGUGGCAUCAGUUGUAAUUGAAUUCUCAAUGACCAAACAUUACAAACUUUGCAUUGGAUCAGGGUACAACCUGCCAAGUGAAAGAGCUUCCGUGAAACAGUAUUGGCAAAACUCAAAUGGGUCAAAGACCUUAGUGUGACCUGGGGAGUGGGGAUGGGGCUGGAGGUGAGAAGUGAAAACAAUUCUGCUACAGCCAGAGGAAUUUGCACCAGUAACUACGAACUAUUUAUACAAGCACAGGCGAGGUUCAUCUUCCUUAGCAUUACUUAAGCUCACAAAAGUUCCACUUGGACACGGUAGAUGCCUAUGCCUCAUGACAGCCAGGUUAAACCAAGUGGCAUACAGAGCUCUUGCUGGGAGACAGUCAGGCAGAAGCUGAGACAAGAGGCUUGCUAAGUCUUUUCUCGGUCCUCCUGUGCCAGCGGGAGCUGCUGGCCCAGAGGGAUGCCCGGACUUCAAACUUCCAGAAUUGGGUAUCUCAGAGACUCGCAACUUGAUUCUGGUCUCUACUGGGGCGGAGGGGGCGGUCUGGAGUCGUUCCGAGCCCUCCCUCCUUCCCACCCCCGUAAUUAGCAUUUAGGAAUAAUCCUCCUGCCCCGACGCAGCUCCCAAAGGCUGUUUACUCAAGUUCCGGGGUCCUGGCGGAAGCCGCCCGAGACCGUGUAUCGCGCACAAUCCUCGCAUUGCCCGAACAGGAAAUAGGCGGGGCGUAUCCUGGUUACAGGGCCGCUUGCUAGUCUGCGAGAGAUUGGGAAGGAUGGAGGAGGCCGGAGCGGCGGCGGCCGUGGCCGCCGGAGCUGGGCCCGGGGCCUCUGAGUCGGAACUGAACCUGUCUCGCUUGGGCGUGUCCCCGGAGGCCCUGGCGCUGGAGCUGGAGGUGCGGGCUGAGGAGCGGCGGGGGUCCCGCGAGACGCAGCGGCUGCUGCUGCCGCAUAACCGGCUGGUGUCGCUGCCGCGGACGCUGGGCGCCAGCUUCCCGCAACUGCAGCUGCUCGAUGUGAGCGGCAACGGGUUAGUGGCGUUGGGGCCCGAGCUGCUGGCCCUGCGCUGCCUGCGCACGCUGCUGGCCAAGAACAACCGACUCGGCGGGCCCGGUUCCCUGCCUAAGGGCCUGGCCCAGGCGCCGCUCUGCCGUACUCUGCAGGUGCUCAACCUUAGCGGCAACUGUUUUCAGGAGCUGCCCCCCGCGCUGCUGGAGAUGAGGGCGCUACAGACGCUCAGCCUCGGUGGCAACCAGCUUCACACCAUCCCGCCCGAGAUCGAGAAUCUCCGCAGCUUAGAGUUUUUGUACCUCGGAGGGAAUUUCAUCAGAGAGAUCCCACCAGAAUUAGCAAACCUGCCUUCCUUGAAUCAUUUGGUGUUGUGUGACAACAAGAUUCAAAGUGUGCCUCCUCAGCUAGCCCAGUUGAAUUCCCUUCGUUCCCUUAGCCUCCAUAAUAACCUUCUGACAUACCUGCCUCGGGAGAUUCUUAGCCUAGUACAUUUGCAAGAAUUGAGUUUGCGAGGUAAUCCCUUGGUGGUUCGUUUUGUCAGAGAUUUAACUUACGACCCACCAACUCUCCUGGAAUUAGCUGGUCGGACCAUUAAAACUCGAAAUAUUGCCUACACUCCUUGUGACCUUCCUGGAAACCUUGUUCGAUACUUGGAUUUAGCCAGCAACUGCCCAAACCCAAAGUGUGGAGGUGUCUACUUUGAUUGUUGUGUUAGACAAAUCAAGUUUGUGGACUUCUGUGGGAAGUACCGUCUCCCGCUGAUGCACUACCUAUGUUCUCCAGAGUGCUCUUCCCCUUGCAGCUCAGCUUCUCACAGCUCCACGUCCCAGAGCGAGUCCGACUCGGAAGAUGAGGCAAGUGUUGCUGCCCACAGGAUGCAGAAAGUUCUUCUUGGAUGAGAAGGGCCAGAGAAGUGUAUCUAAAACACUAAAACUGGACAGAAUUGGUUAGAAAAACCAAUAAUAUAUAACUUGAAGUUGUUGAAAAAGCAAUGAGGUCGCCAGGAUUUGAGGUUCACAGCCUCAUCUUGGAUGCUAAUGGCUCAACUGAAGAGGAUCUGGACACACCUUGUGUUGUGCCAAUUUGUUCAACAGGAAUUAAUCCAAUUCCAUAUGUGGUUCUUUUAAUAGAUAUAAUUUGCACAAAACUGACAUUUCAAGUCUUUGAUAAAAGACAUUAGGAUCAAUAGAUUGCUUCUUUUUGUAUGUGAAAUGGCAUGUCACAAAGUGGUUUAUUCUGAGGUGCCACUACCAUGAUAAACUAUGAAUGGUAUAAUUUGGGAGAGAUGUUGAGCUGGAAAUAAUAGAAGGAAAAACUCAGUGUUAAAAUGAUCAGUCAUCUUUGUGUCCCUCUCUGCUAUAUACCACAACCCUAGGAUUAUUCCACCUUCAUAUAAAAUCUAGUCAUCUAGAUUUUCAAAUGACUUUAUAGAACCCAUGGCCCCUUGGGUCCUUUGGGACCUUCAAACUGAGAGUUUGAAGAGUAUAUAAUCUUUGUCCAAGUGUUCCUGCUUCUCUUAGUUUGCUGUGUUAUCCUCAUUUCAUUCUACCUCUUUGUCCUGGCUGUGUACCUUUGGCUUGACAAGGAUAUGGGGCAGUUUAUCCCAGACUUGGUGCUACCACAGCCUGUAGCCUUAUUUGUGUAUACUAUGCAAGGAACUUUACAAUGUGCUUUAACACUGCUAGUAGAGCAAAUAAAUUCCUACUCAUAAUCUAAGCUCAUUACUGCCUUAUGUUUUUCCCCCCUUUUACCUUUUAAACAAGAAAGUUUUCUAUUUGCUCCUUAAGAGGGAGGGAGCAUACUUGUUUCCAAUUUGGAAAAACCAUAUUUCAUGAAAAAUUGGAGGAACAUUCUUGCCUCUACUGUAGAAUAAGGCUAAAUUGAUGAGGAAAGUUGAGACCUCUGUAACUCUAAAUUAAAUUAAUCUUGUUUUAUUUAUUUCCUUUACUAGAUUCUUAUACUAAUUUUUUUGCUAGGAAACUAAGAUAAAUGAUACAACCUUUGGGGUUGUAUGUUUAGUGCACAUAUAUCAGGAGUAAUAAUAAAGCUGCAUGUUUACAAAGCACUUAAGGAAAUGCCCUCCCAUGAUUGUAUUUAGUUCUACUGUCCUGUAAAGAGGUGGGAAUGAAUAUUAUUUCCCCUUGGGCAUUAAGUGACAUGCAUGGCAGAGCCAGGGACUAAAACCUGACUUUUCUAACUCCUGUUCAGUGUUUUUUCCACUAACCAGACUGCUUCUCACUUUACUAGGCAAUUUUAUAUCAAAUAAUAUUAUCAUUAUUUGCACUUUUUUGUAUGUUGAAAAGUUUACUGGAGAGCAUUACAGAUGUAACAUGCUUUGGUAUAAAGUACUGAUCAAGAUAACACAAAUAGGUCAGAAAGAAGGAGAAUGAAUCUAUUUGGGAAACCAGAACUAACUGCGAGGUGAAUACUUAAAAUUGAGGCUGUAUCUACACAAUCUAAAAGGCAUUUAGAAAUAGGUAAUUAAUUGGUUCUUGAAUGCCUCUAAAGCAUUCAUUUUCUAGACUUUGGAAUCUCACCGUGGCCUUUGUCCCAUUGAAAUAGUACAUUUGGUAAUAAUUAAGAUAAUAAAAUUAAUGGGGACCAAGUUCUAUUCCUUUAGUUUAGACUCUCCUUAUUUCUUACCUUAUAGCUGAAAAUGCCAUAGACGUCUACAAAUGCUCUUUGAUGGUUAAUGGAGAUGUGGUAUUUUACACAGCAGCACAUCUUCCCAUCUAGAGAAGCGAGAUCCCCAUGUAAAUUUUUUCAAGUUAUGAAUGGGUAUAGUCAGAAAAACAAUUUAUUUUCCUGUUUAUAAUCUAUGAUAAAAGUGAAUUUGAACAAAAAUUAUAUGACUGUCCAUUUAGAGUACUCAGUAUAUAUAUCAUAUAAUAUAUAUAUGUGAUUUGUAAUUAUCUUUGAUAAAUGGAAUCAACAGAUAGCUGAAAAUUGGUGGAGUUAACCAAAUUUUUUACGUGAACUAAUAGAUAAUAUUUGACCUUCUUGUCACAAUCUUUCUCUAACAGAUAUGCUAGAGAUCGCUGAUAUAUCCAGAAGGCAAAGCAACUAGCAGGGGUAGGGAGGACACAAAGGAAGUGGAUGCCAGGGUCAAAAUAAUCCUCAAUAUUAUCUAGAGUUCACUCUAAGGUGAAAUGAGUUUCCAUUUCUUUAGUUUCUGUAGUUGUGUUAUUAUGUUUAAGCUAUAUUUUUUAGUCCAUUAUUUUUGUUUUGUUUUUUCUCCCAAGGAUUUUUAUGUUGAAAUAAGUUUUCUCUAAUCCAUAAUAUUUAGUUAUUGUUAUAAAGUUUAAACUUUUUGUGUGCAGUUUACCAGACCAUUUCAUAUUUUUAUUUUUAGAGUACAUUUUUUGAAAAUGUUUGUAUAUUCGUAGGCAUACUCUGCAAAAUCUAAUUCUUACAGCUUUAUUGAACAAAUUCAGAAUGUGUUCCCUUAUCUUGCCCUUAAUUUUAAUCAUCCUGUUUUUUGGUGUUACACUUGACUGCUUUGUAGUAGAAAUAGGUCCAGUAAUAGCUUAUUUAAUUUUAAAUGUGUGCUGUACAAUUUAGCGACAUCAUUCUUAAUAUUUUUUUCCUACAGAAUUUCAAACUUAAUAGAACUACUCACAUAGGGAGCUUGAACAUUCAGUUUCUUUUACAAUGCCAGAUUUUGGUUGCAGUAUAUCCAUAAUUAAAUAGCAGCUCCCACCCACUAAGAGCAGUGACGGCAAACCUUUGAAACACCUUAGAGACCCCUCACUCUGCAUGUGAGCCCCUCUGCCUUACCCCAGACAGGGAAGAGAGGAAGCACUCCUUUUGGGCUGCUGGGCAGAGGGGUGAAUCGUGUGAAAUGUCCUCAGGUGUGUGUGGAGACCUCCCCCUCCAGCUCGUGUGCCAUAGGUUCACCAACACAACAAUGUCAUUGUGUACUCCAGCUCUGUAACACAUGGUGAAUUCAUGGAUAAAAGAAAAGAAUUGGAGGUGGUGGGACAGAAGUAGGACAAAGCCCAGAAAAUCAGUGGGAAGCUUUUGCUUUACAGUUGGAAUGCUGCUUUGGGGUAGGAGUAAGACCUCAUUAAUUUGGAAUUUGUGGUCAUUAAGACAGAGCUGGGCUGAAGUUUAGCCUUGCAGAAUCUAGGAAAGGGGGAUACUGAAGCAAGUUAUUAGGCUCUGCAAGGUUUGACCAAUUAAAGGAAAUGUAUUUUUAAAGCACUUUAGCAUUAGCCAGUUUACAAAAAUGAACUAAUCACCAUUUGACACCUGUUUUAGAAUGCCCAAUAGUACCUCUUUUGGCUGAGUUGUAUAUGCUUAAAAUAAUAAAGCCAUUUUUUGAAAUGUUAACUUUGCAUUAUUAGACAGCCCUUCCCCCCAGUUAGGCCAAAUUAGUGCCUUUUUCUUAUAUUUAGUCAAAAAUAUCCAUGAAAAACCAUGUUAAUUUCCAGACUGUCUAAUCAGGGUUCAAAUACCUUUGGAUUGUGCCAGUACUAGUCUGUUUUAGGCAAAAAAAAUACAGUUGUAAAAUCACAAUAGCAGUCAUUUAAAUAUAGUGACUAUUAAUGUAAACAAAUAAUAGACUUAGGCCUAUUGGAAAUACAUCUGGGAUCUAAUCACCACAGGGCUAGAGUUUGAGGAAGCAACAAGACUGGCUAGGUUCCUGUGAAGGUUUUUCUUUCCCAGUAAAAGACUUCAAGCUAUGAUUUAUGCAAUGACAAGUGCCUUGAACUAACACUAACGAAUUGAUAAGAAUCUGAUAGGAGGACAAGUUUCUGUUAUUAGUAAAAGGUAAUAGCAGUUCUCAACAACUAAACAUUUCUAUUGUCAAAUAGUAAUGCUUUUUCUUUUAUUAUUGGAAAAAUUGCAGUAUCUUUGUGGAUAUUCGUUUCCUUUGUAAAUACUGUAAUCAAAAAGGAGUAUGAAAUAGUUUAUAAUACACAAGGGUCUUCCUCUUUUUUUCCUGUUUCUCCAUAGUCCAUAUUUACUAAGAAUUGAAGCAUAAGAUACUAUGUAACUGGUAAUCAGUUUUUUUCAAAUAUGUAUUGAGCCACUCACUGCUUUGGAUACUGUAAAGUUUACAUAAUCUUAAGGUAGAUGUGGUCCCUUUCGUUGAAAGGAUAUUAUUCAAUCCAAAAGCUAAUAAAAUAUUAUUUUGAGCA